AUGGGUAGCCGUGAGGCCAGAUGGCUUUUACGAAACUUGCAGCGGUCCGUGAUGCUGGAGGAAAGAAUUGGUGAGUGGAAAUCUCGAAAUGAACAAUUUCAGAGGGGUUUUAGAACAACUUGAGCAGAGACUCUGUGAGCUUCAGUUGGGAGCACUUCAGGUGUCAGAUAAAACUGAAUCUGGAGCCAACGAGUCAGCUUCAGAGCCAAGGUAAAAAAAACGUUCGAAUACUGCAACGCAUGUACCUGACUCGGCUCAAUGCACUCGUGUUGAGUGUCAAUUUUUCAAUCUGCCCGUGCCCGUCAAAAUCAACGGCUUGUAAGAGAGAAGAGAAUAACUGACAUGCGUAAUAAUAACUUUUUAGAGAAUAUGUCGCUGUCCCGGCAAUCCGCAACGGAAACGUUUAUGAACCGGAUUUUGAGUAAGUUUAUCUUCAUGUUUUUUUUCAAUUUCACAUUAUGUUCUUUGCAGCUGGUUCUUCAAGCAGUACGGAUACCGUGAUUAA